CCUCAAGCCCACCCCCUUCCCCGCCCCUCGGUUUCUCGCCAUGGCCACUGCAUUGCUCCUGGUCCCUGCCGCCCUUGCCUCUUUCAUUCUGGCCUUUGGCACUGGAGUGGAGUUCGUGCGCUUUACCUCCCUUCGGCCACUUCUUGGAGGGAUGCCGAAGUCUGAUGGUCCGGAUGCCCACCAGGGAUGGCUGGCUGCCUUGCAGGACCGAAGCAUUCUUGCCCCUCUGGCUUGGGAUCUGGGGCUCCUGCUACUAUUUGUGGGGCAACACAGCCUCAUGGCAACUGAGACAGUGAAGGCAUGGAUGUCCCGGUACUUUGGGGUCCUUCAGAGGUCAUUGUAUGUGGCAUGCACUGCCUUAGCCUUGCAGCUGGUGAUGCGAUACUGGGAGUCUGUUCCCAGAGGUCCUGUGCUGUGGGCAGCUCGGACUGAGCCAUGGGCCACCUGGGUGCCCCUCCUGUGCUUUGUGCUCCACAUCAUUUCCUGGCUCCUCAUCUUCAGCAUCCUUCUCGUCUUUGACUACGCCGAGCUCAUGGGCCUCAAACAGGUAUACUACCAUGUGCUGGGGCUAGGCGAACCUCUGGCCCUGAAGUCUCCGCGGGCUCUGAGACUCUUCUCCCACCUGCGCCACCCAGUUUGUGUGGAGCUGCUGACAGUGCUGUGGGUGGUGCCCACUCUGGGCACUGACCGCCUCCUCCUCGCUCUCCUCCUUACCCUCUACCUGGGUCUGGCUCAUGGACUUGACCAGCAAGACCUCCGCUACCUCCGAGCCCAGCUGCAAAGAAAACUCCACCUGCUCUCCAGGCCCCAGGAGGGGGAGACUAAGUGAGAAGCUAACUCUGGUUCCAAGUCCUGUACUUCCUCUCCCUCGCAGAAUUCAAAUCCCUUGACAUCCAGGUCCUGGUGCUUCAGACCAGAGGCCUAAAGCCAUGGACUUCAUAGAAGGAGCUGUUCCAUCCACUCCACUCCCUGGGUCCAUCUUCAUACUCUAGAUUCUGAGUUUCAUCCACUGGACUUUAAGGUCCACUUCUCACUAGCCAGGAAGAGGGGGUGGGGGAAUUUAUCGGUCUCCUCACAGAUUAAGGUUUGACACCCCCCUCCCCAACCUCCUCAAAAGAAAAGCCCCGCCUGACCACUCCCCUGGCACAGUUACUCGCCUCUGAGCCUCAGGGAUGCCCUUCUCCACGUCUCGCCUCCCCUCCUAGAAGCUGGACCAGGGUCUGCAAGUUUGACACUAGUGGCUGCCCCUCCAGCCUCCAUGCCUUGCAUCUCUGCCAGCCCCACUGGUUGGCUUCUCCACCUCCUUAGGCCCCGCCCCUGGGUUCCAUACUUGAACCUAGUUGAGAGGAUUCUCCUUUUAAUUUGGGUGACUAAGGGCUCCCUGUUCUCCUGAGGAACACGCGCUGCAGGAAAAUAAAUAUCACAUAUAACA